AUGGAUAUUGCUAAUUCAUGGACCGAACAACAAAACUACCUCAAGACCCCCGAUAGAAUCCCGAAGGGCUACGAUGAAAAUUACCAGACGUUGAUUCGACGAAAUCCUGAGACAUAUGUGUGGUUCAGUGUUGGAUAUUGGUACUUCCAGCAGACUCAGUGGACUUCGAAAAACCAGAGGUGGAGUUUCCAUUCUGGUGCAGGUGAACACCUUCAGCUAUAA